GGCGGGCGCAGGCGCGGUGUGGAUGCUCGCGCCGCCGCUCGCGCCGCCGCCCGCGGCGCGGCUCCAUGGGGAGAACAUGGCUCCCUUCCCCGAGGAGGUGGACGUGUUCUCCGCCCCGCACUGGCGCAUGAAGCAGCUCGUGGGGCUCUACUGCGACAAGCUUUCCAAGACCAACUUCUCCAACAACAAUGAUUUUCGGGCUCUGCUGCAGUCUCUUUAUGCCACAUUCAAGGAGUUUAAAAUGCACGAGCAGAUUGAAAAUGAGUGUAUCAUUGGUUUGCUUCAGCAGCGUAGCCGGACAGUGUACAAUGUGCACUCGGACAACAAACUCUCAGAGAUGCUUAGCCUCUUUGAGAAAGGGUUAAAGAAUGUGAAGAAUGAAUAUGAACAGCUAAACUAUGCGAAACAGCUGAAGGAGAGGUUGGAAGCCUUUACCAGGGAUUUCCUUCCUCAUAUGAAAGAGGAAGAGGAGGUUUUUCAGCCAAUGUUGAUGGAAUACUUUACUUAUGAAGAACUAAAAGAUAUUAAGAAGAAAGUAAUUGCACAGCACUGCUCACAGAAAGAGGCUGCAGAAUUCAAAGGGUUUAGUAAGUGGAAUCAAGCAGAAGAGCUUCAGAAGGUCUUCAAGUAUUCUGUGGACGAGAAGGCAGAUCAAGAAACUGAAGUAACAGGGCACACCACAAAUAUUACUAAUCUCCCUCCUGAAGUAAUGGUGACCAUUUUCAGUUACCUUAACCCCCAAGAGUUAUGUCAGUGUAGUCAAGUAAGCACUGAAUGGUCACAGUUGGCUAAAACUGGAUCUCUCUGGAAACACCUUUACCCUGUUCGCUGGGCCAGAGGUGACUGGUAUAGUGGUCCUGCAGCAGAUAUUGAGACAGAACCUGAUGAGGAAUGGGUGAAAAAUAGAAAAGAUGAAAGUCGUGCUUUCCAGGAAUGGGAUGAAGAUGCUGAUAUAGAUGAAUCUGAAGAGGCAGCUGAAGAUUCACUUGCCAUUAAUAUAGCACAAAUGGAAAAACGUUUACUUCAUGGCUUAAUUCAUCAUGUCCUCCCACAAGUAGGCUCCUCAGUGAAGACGUUGGUAUUGGCUUACAGUUCUGCAGUGUCCAGCAAAAUGGUUAGACAGAUCUUGGAGCUUUGCCCCAACUUGGAAUAUUUGGAUCUCACUCAAACUGAUAUUUCAGACUCUGUAUUUGAAAGUUGGUCUUCAGUUGGAUAUUGUCAAAAUCUACGCCAUCUUGAUCUGUCUGGAUGUGAAAAAAUUACAGAUGUGGCUAUAGAAAGGAUUUCCAGAGCACUGGGUAUCAUAUCAACUCAUUACACCAGAGGUAUUCUGAAAAGCUGCAGAAACAGGAAUGCUAAGUCUUCGUGGAAAAACAAAGAGAUUACUCUGCAGACCAACCAGAAGUAUAAUUGUUUGCAUGAAAUCAGCAAUGAAAACCUCAUUGAGGGAGGAGGCAGUGAGCAGCAUUGGACUAGACCUGACGGCUCAGAAAAUUUCAGUUCUGCUUAUGUGUGGAUGCUGGAUGCAGAUGAUUUAGCUGACAUUGAAGAUGCUGCAGAGUGGAGACACAGAAAUGUUGAAGGAUUUUGUCUUAUGGAACCAACAUCCCAUAUUAAUUGUUCUGCAUCAUGCUACAGUAGAGACAUUUAUGGGUUAAGGACUAGAGGGUGGCAGCAGCACUGUGCUUCUACUGACUUGAUUUACUGCGGUCACUCGUUUUGUUGUGCUGGGACAGCACUAAGAACUAUUCGAGCACUUCCAGAGUCCUCUGCACUGUGUAAAAAACCAAUAAGGACUAAACAGUCAGAGAAAAAAGACUCUGCAUACUCUGGGAGUGAAAAAACAGAUGAAGAGACUGCACGAGUUCUUCAGUUUCUCAGUCUGUCAGGAUGUUACCAGAUCACAGACCGUGCUCUCAGGGCAUUGACUCUGGGAGGAGGACUGCCACAUUUGGAACACCUUAACCUCUCGGGGUGUCUCACUGUAACUGGUGCAGGCCUGCAGGAUUUAGUUUCUGCAUGUCCUUCUCUAAAAGAUGAACACUUUUACUACUGUGACAACAUUAACGCUUAUCAGUGAUUGUUUUCGGGGAAGGAGGCAUGUUCUGGGAUCGUGGUGGAAAACCCGUUGGUCUAGCAGAACAAAAAACGGAGCAAACAGCAUGGAAUUUAGCCAUCUUUAAGUAAUAAAGAUACGACUGUCAUCUGCCUGUGAAUAAGGGCUUUACUUUUACCUGCAGCCUAUUUUCAGUUUUUUGUUUGUUUCUUUUUUUAAUAAACACUGAGCCUGACGGGACCCCUUACACACAAACACAUCUUCAUUGGAAUUUCUUUGUGGAGGGCUUGCUGGACUUGUUUGGUUGGCAUGUUGGUUACAAUUUUUGCAUUUUCAGCAAGUGCUGAUCUAACUAUAUCUGCGCUACUUUUUUAGUAGUGCAAAACUGAAAAGGUGGAGCAGCUAUGGUUAGGUAGUUGGGUUUGAGUCUCAGACUGCUGUUGCACAGUAGUAACAUGGUGCAGUUUUUGUGAGCAGAGACCAUGAAUUUGCAUGCAGUUCCAAAUUUAUUUUAUGUUUACUGUUAGUUUGACUUCAGUUUUUGGUUUACAUAAUAAUGUUUAGGAUCUCUCCUUAUGUUUUGCACAGUGCUGGAGACUUGGAGUUAGAUAACCCUCAGCUGCAGCUGAAAACAAGUCAGUAUAUAUCCCUUCUAAUGGUGGAUUUCAUUUCACAUCUGAAACAAAUUUGGCUGUAGAUCACACUGAAUGCAGUAAGAAGAGUUUAAUGUUUGAGUUACCUCUUGCCACGGAGAAGUUUUUAUUUUCCUAAGGCUGUUUUGUCCAGCUGUGUCCAUUCUUCUGACUGCAUUCUCAGUUUCAAAGCCUGGAGUGCUGUCAGCUUUGGGAUUAGAAAAGUAGGGCUCCCUAAUUUCUGCAGCAGUAGUUCUUCGAAGCUUUCAAGUAUGAUUCACUUUCUAGAGUUUUUUUUUUUUUUUAAUUAUGUAGUUCUCAGGUGCUGUAAUUAAAGAAAUAGGGCAUAAAUGAAAUAAAGUUGUGGUGAUUCUGAUGAUUCA